AUGGACAGCGGCACGAUUGCCGAGCUGCACAUCGAUGUCCAACAAAUCGAAACGCAGCUUCCCAGGUCCAUUGCCUCAGGCACAACAUCCCUCCCCGAUAGCGACUCACCUCUUGCUCUUUCGCCCAAGUCGACGUUUAACUUUUCAUGGGUGCCGGAACCUCAGAUUUUAUCGUCACCAACACAUUCAUCUAGAUCGUCUCGUUGUCGCUCCUCGGGCAGCAGCAGCUUUGCGAGCAGCUUGAGCAGCGCAAGAAGCUCCACCAGCCACCACGGCCAGGGCUACCGGUGUGGCUUUGGCGCGUUGCAGCGAUCCUCAGUGGGGCCUUAUGCCGGAACUGCCACUGGCACUUCCACUGGCACCUCCAGUCCAACUGUUGCAACCGCUGCAACGACUCCCCGUGCCUGCUCGCCAAGUUGCAUGCACGGGUCCCUGACCGGGAGCCCCAGGCCAGGCUUGACUGCUCCCGGCUCUUUGACCGCUAACACCUUGGGCUUGAUUGGCAGCAAAUUGACAUCGACUGCAUCUCUCCAGGCUCCAUGUCAUGCUGCUCCACCUCCAUCGUUGCGAUGCACCACUCCUCCGGGUCUGGGUCCAUCAAGUCACUCUACAUCAAGCUCGGCUGCAGCUUCUCCAACACCAUCAUUUUCAUCCUCCGCUCUCUCUUCCGUUCCCACGUCGGCGCCCUCGUCCUCUCUGUCGACUCCAGUAAACCGUAUUAAUAUCAAUACAAACACUGCCACUGCCUCGCUAUUUCGGAGCUCCGGCUCCAGCUCUAGUCCGACUGGCGUCCUCUCCAUAUCGUCGGCGACCACGUCGCCCACGUCGCCAACCAGCAUCUCCCCGCGCUCGACAAGGCCGCCCGUCAAUGUCAAGAUGCCUCCGCGGCCUGCCAAACGGUCCGCCGAUGGCAGUGGAGCGAGCGACGACGAUGCAAACGGCUCCGGUGCCGGCAAGCUCAAGCUCGCACGCUCUGAUCGUGGGCCGGAGGACUUCUCGUCCGUCGUCAAGAACCGUCUUCAAUCGUAUACACGCACCGGCCAGGCUUGCGACAGGUGCAAGGUGCGAAAGAUCCGCUGCGAUGCCCUGCCCGAAGGAUGCUCGCACUGCAUCAACCUAAAUUUGGAGUGCUACGUCACGGAUCGUGUCACUGGGCGCACCGAGCGUCGAGGCUACAUGCAGCAGUUGGAACGAGAGAAGAACAGCAUGAUGUCACGCAUUCGCGACUUGGAAAAGCUCUGCGCAGACAGGGGCAUCGAGGUGAAGCCUUUCCAGGGCGGUGUCCGCGCACAAAGCCCUCCAGACGGUGUUGACGAUGAGAUGGGGAAUGCGUCGUCAGCAGCUCAAUCGACCUCCACCGCUGUUUCAAACGAGGGCUGGUCGCAAUAUGGUUCGCUCUGGAUCAAGGAGAGCUCGUCACCGAAACCGGCAAAUAACAUCAUCAGAUUCAAAACGCCGCGGAAUGAGUGGCAAACGAGACCCGAGCAGAGCCGUUGGGGCGUUGGUGCUGAUGAUGCACCACUCAGCUCUUUAAAGGGUAUGACCCUUACGCUGCUAGGCACAACCAUCGAGACCACUGCGUUUGAGGCUCCUGAUGUCGACGAGCCUCUUUCCGUGACUGACCCGUCCAUGCCUCUGUACAACAAAUCGGUACAAGCGUUUCUUCGUUCAACCAUGGGAGUGAAUCCCCCCGUCCGGGUGGAACUGCCCACACGCGAGAAUGCCUUCAUGUACGCGGAGUGGUAUUUUAUCACCAUUGCCUCGUUUGUGCCAUUGCUGCACAAACCAACCUUUAUGAAACUUUUAACGAGAGUGUACGAUGAACCCGGAUUCAAAGCCUCAGUACCCGAGUUGGUAUUGGUGCACAUGGUCUUUGCGACUAUUUUGUUCCAAUUCGGGGUUCGAAACAGCCAAACUCUGGAACAGCGCAACAACUUCAACGAUCUUUCAAACAAGCAUUACCAUUUCGCCCUCAGCAAGAUGUAUGAGAUCUUUUCAUCCACCGAAUUCGAGGCCUUGCAAGCAUUGGUUCUCAUUGCAUCCCACACGAGAGCAUUCCCCAAACCCGGCAGCGGCUCAAUUGUUGCAAGCAUGGCUUUGCACCGAGCACUUGAACUGAAUUAUCAUCGGAGAACCAAAAAGCCUGGCGAACCGACGGACUUGCAGAACGAACUCCGCAAGCGAGCCUGGUGGAACAUGAUGACCGUUGUUGUGGACAUCAAUGGCAAACGAGGCUAUCCUCUCCCCCUGUCUGUGCAGGACUUUGACGUCGACUUUCCCGAGCCGAUUGCCGACGAGCUGCUGUCUGAUGACGGCGUCGAUACGUCUCGCACGCUUCCUUGCCCAUACGAGGUUGCAAUUGCCGGGUUUAAAUGUGUUCCCAUGUACAUGGAGAUGUACGCCAACAUCUUCAGCGUGCGGCGAGACGAAAGCAACUACAAAAAUAUUGUUGCCGCCUUGGAGGCGCAGAUGAACCAGUGGGAGGCGGAACUUCCCGCGUCAAUGCGGUUGAACCCGCCAAAGAAACACGACCACGAAAUGGUUGGGCCCCUGUUUGCGCGCACCUUUAUGCUAGAAUUCCGCCUGCAUGUCAGACAUCCAUCCCUAGCAAUGACCACGGAUCAGGAGAUGAUUGCUGAAAAUACGAGAAUCUGCGAGAACGCCGCAAGGGAAUACCUUGAAACUGUAGAGCACCUGAGUAAGAUGAAGGCUUUGGAUACCACGUGGCAUCAAAUGUCUGUCUACUGUGUUGCCAUUUUGUCCAUGUUGGUACCACAGUGGGAGCGACGAUUUGAGAUCACUCCGGAAGAAGUAACAAAGCUGAGGGAAGAAAUGGAGAGAUGGAUGAACGUGGUCAAGGAAAUGAGCACCCUCUUAGGUUGUGGUAGCGGAACGAGUACUCAGAUUGCACAACUAAUAAAUCGGACCAUGGCCUGGAUCGAGCACGAUAUGCCGAAAGAGGAGAUGAAGAGCGCCAUUCGGACUCAUGCCAAUAUGAAGCAAGAACAGCAGCUGCCAUUGCAAAACGCAGUAUCACUGGCACCCCCUGUCUCGUUUGGAGGCUCAACGUCCCAACAUCCAUCUAUUUCAUCGGCUGGCACUUCCCAGACUGGAGAUGUUACCAAAAACUUCUACACCGCCGACGGUACGGCCACGGCGCAUGCGACAUACCCGUCGCUUGCCUAUGUUGAGCAGCCAGCUCAGCCAACCGCCCAAGCGGCAACUUCCUACCAGCACGAUCAGGCGGGCAUGUUUUAUCCCACAGCUACCGCGACCGCUGGCACGGCACAUGCAGCUGGUCACUCUCAAUCUGACCCCCUCGUGAAUUAUGCUUCCGAGGCGGGGCAGCAUCUCAGUCACCAUACCCCAGACAUGAUGUGGAGGUCAUCGUGGCAGAAUUGGUCUGCGGCCAUCGCCGACAGCCAGGAAAGAUACAGUGCCAAUGCGUUAAUGACGCUCGGCAGCGCCGACGCCGGCAGAAGCUCAGUUAUCACGCCCAUCAUGGCUGGCAACGGGAUGCCUCACGCUGGCGGGGAAUUGCCCAUGGUGCCACAACCAGCAUCAUGGCCGUUGAUCAUGUUUGAUCAAACACCUCAAGAGUAG